AUGACCGCGGCGACGAGUGCACAUCUGGACGGAGAUAAAUUCGUGAUGCAGGUGUACAAGGCACACGUCACGAAGAUGAGGGAGAAUCUGGCGCACGAGGCCGAGUCCAAGGAGAAUUUUGAGGAGGGCGAGACUGCUGAGCAGUAUAUGGAGCGGCAAGAGCAAGAGAUCGGCGAGGCUGAGGAGAUGAUCGAAGGCUGUAUUCAACUAGAAGCCUCGAUCCGCGACAAAAUGGCCGAAUGCAUGGAGGACGCGAAGCGCAUCCGGGGUAUGCAGCGCGAGUACGAGACGCUACUUCGGUUUGUCGACCGAAUGUGGGACAUGCCCCCAGAGUUCUUCGACAACUUCCCCACUGACGACGAGGACAGCGACGGCGAAGAUGUGAUGGAUUUCAUGAAUGCGACAAUCGGGGAUCUUGAUGAUACCACAUUAAUGGGUGAUGAUGAGAAGGUUGUCUACGUCCCGGCGCCCCAGGUCUACACCGAUCCGGUGCCGCCAAAGCCAGUGAAAACGGUGAAGCCAGCUGACAACAACGAUACAGUGGUGUACCAGCCGGCACCCCAGGUCUACACCGAUCCCGAAGCGAAUACAAACUACUCAUUCGUCAAGCCGGACGGUACGGUCGAAGAGUCACGACCACGUCGAGAUUUUGUCGACAACGAAACUGUGGUGUAUCAACCGGCGCCUCAGGUCUACCCGGAUGUGCCCGCACACGAGUACGGCUACGUACCGGCCAACCGUACCGAGAGGGCUGCUGAACUAGAGCGGAUUGUGGAAGUCUACCCGGAAAGCAGGACUGAAAAUGACCCCGAUGAGCACAAAUACGAUGCCUGGAUCCGUGCCAAAAUCCCAGAAGCUGGUGAUAAGAAGCUUGUGCUCAAGCGGGAUGCGAAGCUUUUGGAGCAGAAGAACGGGACGGUCGUUUACGAGGUUUUGGGAAAUUCUUUGGAUUCGGCAAACUGGAUACACUACGGUAUUCACGUCACCCUUGACAUCCCGUCGAUGGAAGAGGGCAAGCUGUACGAUUGCUUCAACUUUGAGCUCCCGCUGCAGCGAACUGACCAAGGAUUUUUCGAGGUUAUUGGCGUCCAGGAAAAGAAGCUGGAAUUCAUGAUGCCCGACGGUGCCGUUGGAUUUAAGUAUACCACAGACGCUCCAGAAUUCACCGCCACCUUCACCAGCCCACCUAUGCAAAAAUUCAACGAUAAUGGGCGAGCGCUGGCUUCCCCGGACUUUGGCGCGUUAUACAGCACCCCGAAAGAGGAGGGCGGGAGAAGCGAACAGAAUGGCGUCAUCUUCAAGAAGGACUACCCGGCGAACACCGACGGCCUCCGCUACGUGUUCAGUCUCCCAUUAUUCGGUGGGCAGGCUCCGAAAAACUUCUGGGCCAACGGUAUCCUGGCUGAUGGUGAACAGUUCUACUUGAGGAACCAAAAGACGAAGGAACGAAUUGAUCUAAAAUUGACCCCGGAGAAGAACAUCACCCUGGAGCUUCCCGCGAACACCGACUUCUACGCGUACUUUGUCGGCUCGGCCAUGCCAAAUCGGGACCGCAAGUAUACCGACAAGGCUCCCGAAUUCAAGGCGACCUUCAACGCACCCAGGAUGCCGAAACAAAAACAGGGUGACGCCUGGUUCAUCCCCGGUCCCGGCGUCGCUCUCGGCAAGGACGGCACGACGCCCAUCGGUGAUCAGUACGAAAAGGUCUACCCGCAGAACCUCGACGGCUUCCGGUACGUGUUCAGCUUCGGGUUGGACGGGUACAAGGAGGGUAGCAAGUUCACUGCCAAGGGAGUGCUGGCUGAUGGUGAUCAGCUGUAUUUGAGGAAUCUGAAGACAAACGAACGCAUCGAUGUGAAGCUCGACUCCGACUUCGACUACACCCUGGAAGCGCCCCCGAACACGAACUUCGUGCUCUACUUCAUCGGAGCCCCAAAGCCCAACCGCUCGCGCACCUUCAACCUCUCCUUCACGGCCAAGCAA